CUACGAUCUGACACACUUACGUUGCGGAGAGCCAAAUCACUCCUCAAUCGACGUCUACCUAGUGCUCUUCCCCGCUCCAAAGCUCGCUGUGACUCGACCUCCCACAUAGAACCAUGCGCGGCUUCCUCUCACUGGCAGUGACUCUGCUGCUGUGCGUUUGUUUGUUGCCGAACGCCCACGCGUCGCGCUUUCAGUUCACGCUGACAUCUCGUAGUGAGGAAUGUUUUAUGGAAGCGGUGAACGCUCGCGCCUCCAACAACAAAGUGCUCUUCCGCUUCGGUAUCCUCGAACCCAAGAGCUACGAUCUUGUCGACGUGGUGGUAAAGAACCCGUCACAGCGCGAGGUGAUGGCGUGGAAGGCUGAACAGAACAAUUUCGGCAGCGCAACUGUGCGUGAGAGCGGGUUGUAUCACUUGUGCUUCCGCAAGCUCAAGGGCGCGUCGUCCACGAUCACGCUCUUCUACUCCUUCGACUUCAUUUCGACGGGUGCUCGGAGCUUGACGCUGGUGCCCAAUGUGGCGGCCACGGUCAGUAAGGACGCUCCUACAGUCCCGGCCUACACGCAGAUGGCUGUGACUACAGUGAACGCCCAGGCUACCAAGAUGGGAGUUAUGGAGUUCGACCUGGUCGGCGUUUCACGUAGUAUUAUUCGUGGGAAUACGCGCGUGAAGCUCGUGUUAACAGUGGACAGCAUCACGGAUGGAGAGCAGGUGGAUAUCGCUCUUGCACUGCUGCCCAACCGAAUGCGAUACCCGGUCACUUGGGAGACGCUGGAGGGCUACGCCACGGGCGGAUACCGGGACCAUAUCAUUGAUAAUGCCGUGACAGAGCUGGGAAGUCAUGUUGCGUUUGAUAUCACUGAGAUCUUCGAAGACAAGCUGGACGGCAAGACCGAGACGGUUGCCUUCUCGAUCCAUGCGCACGGAAACGGUGACGCUAUCGUGUUUGGCGUCCACCACGUAGCAGAGGAUUACUUCCCGCAGAUCGUUGUUGAAGGUGCGCUUUUGUUUUGAGCGUUUUUGAAAGUAGAACUAAUUAUUGUGUGGAUACGUUUGACAGACCUCGGCUUGGAUCUGAUGCAUGAAGUCGCGUUCUUUAAGGAGUCGGUCUUCACUCUCCGUGGUGACAUUUCGUUCGUCAAGCACCGAGAACGAUUGAGUCGUGAUGCUGCGGAGAGCGCGAAUUCCCGUGUGAAGUGGAUGUCCUUGAUCACCAACAUCGUACUCGUGGGCAUUGCGUUUGGUCAGGUUAUCUACAUCCGCAGUAUGCUUGAGAGCGGUUAUUAAAAAUCGCACAAGCUAGAUUCGACAUGGAAUCGAUAUGGAAUCGUAUUGUGAUGAAUGAGGGACAAGCUAAGGCUGAAAUGCACUUCGUUGCUGUCUGAGAAAUAGAGAAACCUGUCCUGAUAUCUAGCA